CGGCGGCGGCGGCGGCAUCUGCGCUCCGCUCGGCCCGGGCAGCCGCCGCCGCGAUGUCGGAGGUGCAGCUGAGUCCCCGCGGGGAGGCGGGCGAGGGGCAGCCGCUGGGCUUCGCCUGCCGCCUGCAGGACACCAGCGGCUUCGGGGGCGCCGGCAAGCGGCCCCCCAAACUGGCCCAGAUCGGACGCAGCAAGUGCGUUGUCAUUGAGGAUGAUCGAAUUGAUGACGUACUGAAAAGCAUUUCAGAAAAGCCCCCUCCGGGGGGUGUCUAAAUAUAUAUAUAUAUCUAUAUAUAUAUAUUCAUGUCUCGUCCAGAGACAAUAAGUAAAAAAAAUGAGGGGAACAAAAAUAAUUCACCUUUCAACAUGAGAACGGACAAAAUCAUUCAUUUUUUAAAAAAAAUGAAGAAAGGAUGAACUUUUUGGGGGCGAAAGAGGCAGAAAGCGAUGGCGAUUUUUGGACUUCUUCAGUGCCACAUUGGGAUCCAACUGGAGAUGCCUUUUAAGGAGCUGCGGAAAGGCUGAACUGGAGCCUUUUAUUCCUCCAGGAAGUACAGUUUUUCAAGUUGGACUUUUAAAAAGUCUUCUGAAAAGAGAAAUAAUUGGGGUGGUGGGCAGAGAGGGUCUCGGAGUUCUGGGUUUACAUGAUGACACCUUGCAAAAAAUAUUCCAUCAGUUUGCACGUAACAUGGUCUAUACUUUAUAUAUAUAUAUUUUUUUUUUCUUGGAUUUUGCGAAGGUAAAAGAGGGACAAAAGGAUAGUUUAUAAUCACAACACACAAACCAACACACACUGUAUGUGAUUCUGCUUACUUUUUGAAGUCUCUGGAAUGUAAGGAACUUUUUAAAGAGAAAGUUUGAACCAGGAGUAAGGUUAUCCUUAUUUCCCCAAAAUUGGCUUAUAAUUCUAGUGUUUGACAUUUGGGGCAAUGCUCAGUCACUCAGGUGCAAAUAGAGAAAUGUAAUUUUAUAUGGUAAAUGGAAGACAUGUUUUUUAAAAGUACUUGCAUGCUUUUUUAAAAAUGUUCCCUAGCAAACGAAAGCUUGUGUCGAAUCAAUAUUUGCUUUUUCUCUUUGUUACCGUGCAAUGAAAUAAACAAAUAAAACGUGUGCAUACACAAACUGUAAUCCUGUCAGGAGAGUGCCAAAUAUUUUUUUCCAAAAUGCAAAAUAUUUACUUCUCUGUUUCCUCUGUAGGGGUUUUGUGUCUAAUGCGAAGUUGCUUUUUUGUACUUAAGGAAUUCUUGCCUCUCUAAGGACUUUUUUUUACCGAACUGGUUGAUCUGCACAUAAAGAAUUUUCUCUCAAUGCCAGCCUUACUUUUGGGUUUAGUUCUCCUUUGUACUGAUUCUGACCAUUUUGAAAACAACUGCAUGACACACAUAGAAUUCAAAAGGGCUGCCUUGCUUGCCAUCUGUUUAUCCUUCUCUUGGGCUGCAUUUUGCAAUGAUGUCCUCAAAGAUGGUUUGGUCUUUUCCUACAAGUUUUGUGUAUCUUGCACAAGAGUGUUUCUGCAAUGGGUAAUA